AGGUUGGAGGAUGGGAGGGACAGGGCUACUGUGCCAGGCACUGCUGUUAUCCCUUGUGGGUACUAUAGGGGCCACUUUGGAAGGUUCAUGUGAGGGCUCAGCCCUCAGGGCUGGGGAGAAGAGGGAGAUUGAGUCUUGGGGACAUUUUACUCCCUUUCUGCCCAUGAUCCCUGUGGUCUUUGACCCUCUGACUCCUGAUGACCCAUUUUCCAUCCCAGUGGGCCCUGCGGAUCUCAGCCAGGGCUGAAAAAAAAGGUUGGAGCAUCCCAUAUGGUAGGAAACUCUCAUGCUCAGCCUGGGGUCUGGCCCUGGAUGGUCAGUAUACAGAUAAUCAGCGAGUCUGGGGGAAGGUACCAUGUCUGUGGGGGGUCCUUAGUGACCCCUAGCUGGGUUCUCACGGCUGCUCACUGCUUCAAGAACAAAAUUGACCUGCACAUGUGGCGGCUGCUGGUUGGUGCCUGGGAGAUUCAGUGGGCUGUGUCGGGUCCCCUGGACCCCCGCGUGCAGGAGCGGAAACCUGUCCAGAUCCUGAUACAUGAGCAAUUCAACAUUCAGCUCAACACCAAUGACAUUGCACUCGUGCAGAUGGACAGCCCUGCCCAUUGUGGUGAUGUGGUGCAGACCGCCUGCCUCCCCCACUCCAGUGAGUCCCCCAUCCGGGCUCCAGAGUCCUGUAUUGUUACAGGCUGGGGGUUCAGACGUGGUGAAGCUGGGUUGGCAGCACCAAUUGUACAGGAAGCAAAGGUGAUGGUCAUUGAUUUGGACAAAUGCAAUGAAACUGAUUGGUACCAUGGGGUCGUUCGUCUGAACAACUUGUGUGCUAGAUACUCAGACAAGAACAUGGACACUUGUGAGGUCCCUUCUCCAAGCCACACAAUAUGCUAGUUAUAUCACCAUACAGGAAAAAGACAGUUGGGAAGUUGAAUACCCUCCUCCCUACCCAAGGACCAGCACAAUCAGUAACUUCUCCAGACACACACACCUGGAAACUUUUGUCUGAGACUGAGGAGGGCCUCUCUGUUGGAACUUUUCCUUCAUGCUCAGAACUUUCCAUCAGUCCACAUCAUUUGCCCUGAACACCUUAGACCCCUCUAGCUUCAAAUGAGGACCUUGCAUAUGUGCUGAGGGAGGAAUGACCAUUGAUCUAUAGAUCUAUAGACUCUAUGUCCCAAGGAGGCAGUGGACAUGUGUGCUGAGGCAGUAGUGACCAUGUGUUCAAAGAUAUCAGUAACUGUGUGUCCUGAGCUAUGGCUGUGUGCUGCAAGAGGAUGAUUAUAUCCCUUCUGUGCAGGGAGACAGCGGAGGGCCUCUCAUGUGCAAGGACAAUGAGACUAAAGUGUAUGUGGUUCAUGGAAUUGCAAGCUGGGCAGUUGGCUGCGCUCGGAUAAACCUGCCAGGUCUCUACACAUCCACUUGGCACUUUCUGAACUGGAUUACUUCCAAGAUUGGUUCUGAUAUGAAGAUGACUAACCUGCCUUCAGCUGGAGAGACCUUGGCCUCAGCAUCACUCCCUUAUCCAGAAAUUCUGGGCAGAGGGGCAUCUCAGAAGCUUGAAGAGGACUUCUCACACUCAAGCAUCCCAAGGCAACCUCCAAGAUUGGAAAACAGGGCCCCUCCCCCACUUGACCUUGCUGCAUCUGUUCCUCACCCUCCAAGGGGAAGAAGAGGUGCUGUGGGGCCAUAGCUGCAUCAGCAUUCCCAGGAUCAUUCUCUCUCUUGGUCUUUCUGGCUUUCAACUUCAUGGUUCCAUUUCUUUAGCUGGGGAAGGAAGAAACAAACCCAGCUCACUGAAUAGUAUUUUUUGUUUUCAAUCAUU